AUGGAACUAAACUUAACUACCAUAGAGGAAUACACCCAUCAGAAUACGAACAUAUUCACCAUUGCAGCCGCAACCACCACCAUUAUCAUCAUAAUCGUGUCUCUUCUCUACUUCUUCCCUCUCCCAUUCUCGAAGAAAUCCAAGACGGCCCCUACCGACACCUAUUCAACCUCCAAUGAGAUUCCCAAACCAACUCCAGUCGCAUCGUCGUUCAAGUGGGACGAACAUCCACCACUCAAAUCAUAUCCCUUCAAAGAUGCAAUAUAUAAACUCACAAUGGGAAUUCGCACCAUCGAUAUCCUGGACUGGCUCCUCAUCGAACCAACUUAUCUCAAGUCAAUUUCUCACAAGGUUAGAAUCAUCAAUAAUAAGCAUGAAGAUUAUCCUGCUGAUAAAGACUUGAGAAACUCGACGUUAUUUGUGACUCCAGAGGCUGCGGACGCAAUUAGGGAGUUUUAUGACAUGGUUAUGACAUACCUUGUGACGAAAUAUCCGAUGUACUUUAAGGUCAAGGAUGGGGAAUAUUGGAACUUGAUUACGGAGAAGAAAUAUCCUGUAAAUUCCGAAGAUGUUGAAGAUGUCGUUAAGCUUGAAGAAUACCUUGCUGAGAAUAUCGAAGAGGAUUUUAUUAUCUUAUUGAAAGAUGACCAAUCCACUGUAGAUGAAUACUAUUUCAAAGCUGGAGUUUUUGCCUUUGCGGCAGGUUUCAAUCCUCAAGACAGGUUUAAUAAACCUUUAUCAUUCAUUCAUCACCCUGUCCCAUCUUAUGAAUCGAAAUUGAAGCUAUCAAUGAAUAGAUAUUUCCAAAGAAUGACCCCAGGGCAAUUCAUCACUCGCUCAAACUUCUCCGUCCAAACCCAUGGUAAGUACUAUGUAGAUGAUUCAAACAAGGGCCAUAACUUACCAGAAGGAUUUGUUCAGACUGAACUCCCCUAUGAGGAACUAGAUUUCGAAAACCAGGUCCAUUAUAGAAGUGAAAGGCAGACUUUAACUAAAUUGCCCAAAUCAGGUGCUGUGGUGUUUACUAUCCGGACAUACUUGAUGCCAAUUGCGCAAGUAAAGGCAGAGGGUGAAGAGGUGGCUAUGAGAUUAAAGGGGGCAAUUGAAAAGUUGCCACCGGAUAUUGCGCUGUAUAAGCGGGCUGAUGAAUGGGGUCCAGCCGUGUGUAGGUAUUUAUCUGAAUGA